AAAUGGGGGAGCGACCAUUAUAUUUUACCCCGGUACUCUAGCCUGAAAAUUUGUUCGGACCUCGAUCGAAGAAGGUACGACAAACAAUUAAUUAAUUAAACCCUUAUGAGGUUCAUUCAUUUGAAGUAGAGAGGGUAACGUACAUUGUAUACACAAAUCAAACACACACGCAGUGCUUGCAUGCAUUGCAGAGAACGACUUUUGAGUGAUGAGGCAGCUGAAACACAUGUCUUGUUGGAUAUUCCUACCGAUUUUUACUAAAUAAAAGCAUAACUUCAUCACACUUUUCGGGGUUGAAAAUGUACUCACGUAAAUUACCAAAAUUACAUGCCAAAUUCGCACAUGACCUGUUAUUUCUCAAAGCUUGGAAGCUCAAAUGUCUGAAUGUAAUGUAUGCGCGUAAUGUAUACUCUCAGCAAGCGAAUAAGUUGUGAACCUGUUUACCGUUCAAUGCUGCUCCCUGUGACGCUGUACCCGCAAAUGUUCAAUGAAAAAAAUGCUGGAUAAUGGCUUACACGGCUUGUUCGCAUCGUAAACAUAGUGGUAUUCGGGUAAACUGUCUUUGCGUUUGGCCUAAUUUUACAACGAUUACUCCCCAUGUAACCACGAUCUAGGAUGGACAGGCUGUGUAUUAUGAAUAGGAAAAGUCACCAAGGGACCGUUGCGUAGAAUACUUUUUUGGCGAAAUAUUGCGCAAAGUCCAGUAAGCCAAACUCACGCCUAGCCGAAAGCACAGUGACGUCGUCUGUCCUUGCGCAAAGGUGUCGGGUGACCUUUUCAUAAGUUAAAAAUAGGCUAGUAUGUAUAUAAUCCCGAAACGAGCUUUGGGCAGUCUAGGCAAUUGGACCAUUCUGUCUGGCGGGAAACUUAUAAGGUUUUUUUGCUGCGCUUUUGAUGCCCGAGCUUUCCACGAGGAUUUAUCAACUUCGGAGUGCAUCGCGAGGACGAAAUGGAGCCAACUGUUACGGUGGUGGUUGUUGACCUUGGGGGCGAACCGCCGAAAGAGGAGGAGUACUAUUAUCCACCUGCUCUAGGGACACCACCAAAGCGCUGUGUCUUCGCCUUGCUGCUUUAUGUACUGAUUGCAGUGAUAAUUCUGCUCGGUCUUCUGUUUGGCCUGGUCCGAAUCCAAGACAACUGGGGACCCAAAACGGAACCUACUUCCCCGCCUCUGCCCCAGUGCAUCGGGAAGGAAGGCACGUAUCGCAAUGCCGCGGUGUCCACUGAUGCGGAUAUUUGCUCGACAAUUGGCAAGGACAUCCUAGAAAAGAAAAAAGGAAGUGCCGUUGAUGCGGCGCUCGCCUCCCUCGUCUGCAUGGGUGUGGCUAAUAUCCAUAGCAUGGGCAUUGGAGGAGGAUUCUUCAUGACAUAUUAUGACAAAACCAAGGGCCGGAUGUACACAUUGGACUCCCGCGAGGUGGCCCCUCUAGCGGCAACCCCAGACAUGUACGUCAAGGACAAGGCGGCGUCGUCGUUGGGUGGCAAAGCCAUAGCAGUGCCUGGCGAAAUUGCAGGAUAUUGGGAGGCACACAAGUUGUAUGGGAAGGUUCCGUGGGAGGAACUGUUUAAACCAUCCAUCAAACUUUGUAAGGAGGGCAUACCCAUCAACUAUGGCCUUGAUUACGCCAUGAAGUACUCGGAAAGCGUCUUGAGAGAACAUAAACUGUUGUCGGAACGUUUUUUCGAUCCAAAGACUGGUAAGCUGUAUAAAAUGGGCCACAAGAUUGUGGAUACCAAAUUGGCUGAAACAUUACAGGUUAUCGCUGACGAAGGCGCAACUGCUUUUUACAACGGAAGCUUGGCGCAGAAAAUUGUUGAUGAUAUCAAAGAUGCAGGUGGCAUCAUAACUUUGGAUGACCUGAAACAAUACAAACCAAAAUGGCGAACACCGGUCGAGUCGUCCUUGAAUAAGAAGUAUCGAGUGUAUUCCCUUCCUCCACCCUCGAGUGGAGCUAUUCUCAUGUACAUAUUGAAUGUCUUAGGUGGUUACAACUUCACCCAGGCAGACAUGAAGACAAAGCCAGUCAAGACAUAUCAAAGGAUCAUAGAGACAUUCAAGUUUGCCUACGCCAGGAGAGCCGAGUUGGGAGACCAAGAUUUUGUUGAUGUCAAGGAGCUUCUAGCCAACCUGACCUCACUGCCCUAUGCUGACUCUACCCGAAAUUUAAUUACGGACAAUAAAACCCACAACUACACUUAUUACGGCGAUGCUGUAAGCAAGAUUGAAACAACGGGGACGUCACACUUAUCUGUAGUAACAGCGAAUGGAGAUGCAGUGUCUGUUACAAGUACUAUCAAUCUCUUCUUUGGUUCCAAGGUGGUAGGCAACCGGACUGGCAUCUUCUUCAAUAAUGAGAUGGAUGAUUUCUCCACACCAAACACAUCCAAUUCGUUCGGCUUCCCUGCGUCCAAAAUGAACUUCAUCAAACCUGGGAAGCGGCCCAUGUCUUCCAUGUCGCCUUCUAUUAUCCUGGACGGCAAUGGCGAUGUCAGACUAGUGAUUGGCGCGUCAGGCGGCAGCAAAAUCAUCUCCUCAGUGGCAUUCUCAUCAUUGCUGGCGUUGUUGUUCGGUGAAUCGCUCAAGGAUGCCAUUGAUGCCCCGCGUUUACACCACCAAUGGCUUCCCGAUGAAGUUGUUUAUGAAAAGGACCCACCGUUCCCGCAGAGCAUCCUGAAGGGCUUAAAAGACUUAGGACACAUGAUAAAAGAGUUGCCGGGCCCUGGCGCGAUCGUGCAAGCGGUCUCUAGGGAGGGAAGUGAACUCCAUGCAUACGCCGACAAGAGGAAGGGAGGCUGUACUGCUGGAUACUGAGAACCCGCUAAACUCAUUCCCGUAUCAUUCCCGUAUGGAAUGAUAACAAAAAUGAAACGAUGUAUAGACGGCAAACAGAAUGUGCUGUGCAAAGAAGUAAAGGGUUUUGGUAUAAUUUAAUUUCAGCAAAAAAACGUGAGAGUAUAAGGAUGGUAGCAAGUAGGAAAUAUAGGAAUAAAAAAUGUAUCACAUUGGUUCUACGUACAGAAGGUCAGAAAUUUGGUUUUUUCGACUAUAUAAGUCUAGUUUUGUUGGAAUGUAAAAUAAGCGUAAUGUAACAGAGGAUCAAUAUAUUUUAGUUAUAAUUUAACAAUAAAGCUCAAUUUUA